AUGUCUGCAAUUGGGUCUCUUGUUUUCUGUACCGACUGUGGUAAUCUUCUAGACAGCUCAACUGGUGAUGCCAAUACCCUCUUGACGUGCGCAUGCUGUGGCACCGAAAACAGAGAUACCUCAUCUCAAACAGUCCUAACUAAGACGAAAGCCUCCUCGUUUCCCUCGGUGUUGAGGCAGAAGCGAUCAGCUGUGCAGACCGUGGAAAUGAGCGACAGAGACAACGAGGCAACUGCCAUGGAGACUUGCCCCGAGUGUGGCCGAAAGGAAGUGAAGUACCAGUCGUUGCAGCUGAGAGGUGCAGAUGAAGGCUCUACCAAUUUCUAUACUUGCGAGUGUGGUUACAAAUGGAAAGAAAACAACUGA